AAGAAGAUUGAUAAUUACAUCGCGUUGGACAAGUUGCGAUUGCAUGAACCCAAGGAGAUUGAACUUCUUUGGCGUGCACGAUUCGCCAACCAAGAGACAGCUCUGUGUGCAGUGAUUCAAGGCGAUACCUACAAGACGUUGUAUCGCAAUGCUCGGCAUCAUCCCAUGUUUGUCUUGCCACUCUUUAGACCGGGACAAGGCGUGGAAAUGCAGUUCUGCCAAUGGACCUUUCCAGACGGUGAAACGGCUCAUCUCAUCCUAACCAGUUUAUUGGAGUACAAGACGCGUGGCGAGUAUGCGCGUCCACAUACCAUCAUUGAGCACCACGCUGAACUCCUCGAGGAAAAAGGUCUCGUUCUGAUGAAGGGCGAUUUAACAGACUCACGCGCACUCAAUGGCUUGCAAGCGACAUGGAUGUUGACAUUGCUGCAACGCUUCUAUUGUGUUGAUGUCGACAGUACUGAUCAAGGCAGUCAGCGUCGUCGUUCCAUGUUGCAGGAUUUCACGGCAGGCAAGGCAUUUGAUGUUGAUGCACUCAUUGAAGAA